GCUGUAUAUCUGACCAGUGAGCACAGCGGACUCCCUCAGAGAUGUUGGGAGUACCUCACAAUGUCUCGCACACCAGCUGAGACCAACUGCUGACUAGCGCUAACCACAGUGAGAGUUGAGGGACGGAGUUUCAAAGUCUCAGGGCUCAGACCAUAAUAGCCGAGGUACCUUUGGUCUUCAUCCUGACGUUGGUACAGCUAGAAGCAUCCAAGGAUCUGAGGCUGCCCACAGAGUCAUAAGGAAGCUAAAAGCCCUUUAGGCCAAGAUGGAGCCUAAGCAAAAUGGCCACACAGAAGUCCACGGACCUGUGGCUGGCAUAUUUCUGGAGAAAACAAAGGAGAAGAUUACCAUAUAUCAAGCCAUGAAGAAACGCCUGCUUAAGCCAGGAACAGCAUUGGCCCUGCUUGAAGCACAAGCAGCCACAGUGGGCAUCGUAGAUCCGAUAAAUAAUCAAAUACUUCCAAUUGCAGAUGCUGUUAAGGAAGGAGUAGUUGGACCAGAGAUGAAAGAGAAACUCCUAGCAGCAGAGAAAGCUGUCAGUGGCUAUGUAGACCCCUACACCAACCAAACGAUAUCUGUAUUUCAAGCCAUGCAAAAAGAUUUAGUCCCAAGAGAUUAUGGAUUGAGGCUGCUGGAAGCACAGAUCGCUACACAAGGCCUGUAUGAUCCUAUUGAGAAGACAAAUAUUUCGGUUGAAUCGGCGAUUCAAAAGGGCUACUAUGAAAAAGGUUUGCUCAAUGAACAGAUGUCAGAGCUCAAAGUGUUCUACAAUCCAAGUUUGCAAGAAAAUCUUACCUAUCAAAGCCUCCUAGAGAAAUGCACUGUGGAGCCUGAAACAGGCCUGUUGCUCCUUCCUGUUUGCAUCACCUUCAAAGGUCUGCGUAGAGGUAUUUCCUCCACCGAGCUCCUUGAAUCAAAGAUCAUUGAUGAAGAAACAUUCAAUGACCUUCAGAAGGGAAAGACCACAACACAGGAUGUGAUGUUGAUGGAAACAGUGAAAGAGUACCUGGAGGGCAAAGGCUGUAUCGCAGGCAUUGCUAUACUCUCUUCUAAUAAGAGAAUGAGCAUUUAUCAAGCCAUGAAGAAAGGUAUACUGAUGCCUGGAACAGCACUAGUUCUACUAGAAGCACAAGCAGCAACUGGAUUCAUGAUUGAUCCUGUAGAAAACAAAAAAUACACUGUGGAUGAGGCCGUCAAAAACAAACUUGUUGGCCCAGAAUAUCACGCAAAACUGCGUUCUGCUGAGCGAGCAGUAACUGGAUACAAAGACCCAUACUCAGGUGAAACUAUAUCCCUGUUUCAAGCACUGUCAAAAGACCUCAUUGUAAAGGAACAUGGCAUACGCUUGGUUGAGGCACAAAUUGCUACAGGUGGAAUAAUAGACCCGAUCAACAGUCACAGACUACCAACAGAAGUGGCGUUCAAGAGGGGAUAUUUCAAUGAAGAAAUGAAUGCCAUACUAGAGGACUCAGGAGAUGACACAAAAGGGUUUUUUGACCCAAACACAGAAGAUAAUCUAACUUACCUUCAGCUGAUGGAAAGGUGCGUCAUUGAUCCCAUUACUGGACUGUGCCUCCUCCCUCUUCUCGAUAAGUCAGAUGGGCUGAAUUUCAACUUCAUUGACUACCAAACUAAAAUGAUCUUCAAAGAGGAGAAGGUGAACGUGACAUGUGGGAAAUAUGAGGGGAUGACAGUAUCUCUGUGGGUACUCCUGAUGUCAGAAUACUUUGAUGAAAACCAGAGGCGAGACAUCAUUCAAAAGUACAGGGAGGGGAAGCUCAAUAUCAAGACCAUUGUCACAAUGGUUCUGGAAGUCAUAGAGAAGUCUGUGAAAACAACUAAUGUUGUCUUUGAGGGCAUCAGAGAAACUGUCACAGCCAAACAGCUUGUGGAGGCAGAUAUCAUUAGUAAUGAGGUUCUGGAGGAUCUGAAAAAGGGGAAAAUGACGGUGAAGGAAGUGAUAGAAGAUGAAAAUGUAAAUGCGUUCUUACAGGGGAAAGACAGCAUUGCAGGCAUUCUGCUUCCUGAUUCUCGAAUUAUGACCAUCUACCAGGCCAAACAAAAAGGAAAACUGAUGCCAGGAACUGCCCUAAUUCUACUGGAGGCACAGGCAGCAACAGGGUUCAUCAUAGACCCUGUUGGAAACAGGAAGUUUUCAGUGGAUGAUGCUGUUAAAGCAAAAAUAGUGGGGCCUGACGUUUGUCAAAAGUUGCGCUCAGCAGAAAGAGCAGUCACUGGAUACAGAGAUCCAUAUGAUGGCAAAAUAAUCUCUUUGUUUCAAGCCAUGCAAAAAGAUCUCAUCGUAAAAGACCAUGGCAUUCGACUCCUGGAGGCACAAAUUGCCACUGGUGGGGUCAUUGACCCAGUGAACAGCCAUCGCAUUCCUGUUCAUGUGGCUUACAAGAAGGGAUACUUCAAUGAGGAAAUGAAUGAGAUCCUGAGUGAUCCGAGUGAUGACACCAAAGGAUUCUUUGAUCCCAACACCCAGGAAAACCUGACAUACUUGCAGCUUAUGGAGAGAUGUGUCAGAGAUCCUAGUACAGGUCUGUGCCUCUUGCCACUCAAAAGCCAAAGUAAAAAAAUCAACAUAGAUGACAAUAUUAGGGAAACAUUCAAAGCAACAACAGUUACUGUUAAGUAUGGCAGGUUCAAGGGCAAGCACACAACACUGUGGGAUCUUAUCAAUUCAGAGUAUCUGACUGAAGACAAAAGACAGGAGUUUUUCAAGCUCUUCAAGUCAAGGAAAAUCACAGUUGAGGAGCUCAUUGUCACCAUUUCAGAGAUAAUUGAGACUAAAGAGAUAAAACAGCAAACAGGGCUAAAAUUUGAUGGUCUUAGAGGAAAUGUCUCUGUUGUGGAUCUUCUGGAUCUUGAAAUCGUGGAUGAAAAAACAUACAACUGUUUGCUCGAGGGAACAAUGACAAGUGCUGAUGUGAUGGAAAUGGACGAUGUGAGAGCCUACCUAAAAGGGAAAAGUUGUGUGGCUGGGGUGGUACUGCAACCCUCUAACCAGAAGCUAAGCAUCUAUGAGGCACAGAGAGUUGGCAUUCUCACACCUGGCACUGCCCUUUGCCUCCUUGAAGCACAAGCAGCCACAGGGUUCAUUGUUGAUCCUCUGAAAAACAAAAAACUGACAGUGGGACAAGCUCUCAGAGAGAAGGUCAUUGGUCCACAGAUGCAUGAAAAGCUUUUGAGUGCAGAGAGGGCUGUCACUGGUUACAGAGAUCCAUACACUGGUCAAAAGAUCUCACUCUUUCAAGCCUUGCAAAAGGAUCUCAUUGUUAAGCAGCACGCCAUCCGUUUGCUUGAGGCCCAGCUUGCUACAGGUGGUAUCAUUGAUCCUGUGAAGUGUCUUCACUUACCCCUUGAGGUUGCAUACAGGAAAGGGUAUUUUGAUGCAGAACUUAAUCAGAUCCUAUCAGACCCAACUGAUGACACAAAGGGAUUUUUUCACCCAAACACACAACAAAAUCUGACAUACAUGGAAAUGUUGGGUAAAUGUGUAAAAGAUAGGGAAACAGGACUGUUUCUCCUGCCACUGAAUGACAAACCAAAAGCUACAGAAACAAAGCCAAAAAUGUACACUGAUGCAGAGAUAAAGCAAGAGUUUCAAAAGACAGCUGUGACUGUAUCAGUAGGACGCUUCUCAGGAAAAUCUGUCUCUCUGUGGGACUUGAUCCACUCUGGGUACUUUACAGAGGAUCAGCAGCUUGAAUUCUUUGAAAAAUACAGAAAAAGGAAGAUAACCACACAAACCAUAACCACAUUAGUGAUUUCCACCAUUGAAAAACUGGAGAGUGAAAUUCCCAAAACAAUAAUGGGCCUGAGAAAACCUGUUUCUGCACAACAACUCCUUGAUUCUGAUAUCAUUGAUGCAGAUACAUUUGAACAAGUGAAAGAAGGAAAACUAUCCCUUGAAGCACUGAUCCAACGUGAAUCUGUGAGACGAUACCUAAAGGGAACUGGAAGCAUUGCUGGAAUUAAGGUUCAUCCGUCACAGAAAGUAAUGAGCAUAUAUGAAGCAAAAAAGGGGGAUCUGUUGACACCUGGCAUUGCACUUGAACUGCUUGAAGCACAGGCUGCAACAGGAUGGGUCAUUGAUCCUCUCACAAAUAAGUUCUAUGUUGUUGAUGAGGCAGCAAGGGAGAAAGUAAUCGGACCAGAUGUACUUGAGCAGCUUCUCUCAGCUGAACGAGCAGUCACUGGCUACAAAGAUCCAUACACAGAUGCAACAAUAUCACUGUUUGAAGCCAUGGAUGAGCAGCUGAUUCAAAGAAAUAAUGGCAUUCGUCUCCUUGAUGUACAGAUAGCAACUGGAGGAAUCAUUGACCCAAAUCAAAGUCACAGGCUGCCUGUUCAUGUUGCUAUUAAAAAGGGAUACCUGGAUGAAGAAAUGAGCAAAAUUCUGGUGAACCCAACUGAUGAUGCAAAGGGAUUCUUUGACCCAAACACCAAAGAGAACCUCUCUUACCUUGAGCUGAUAAAGCGAUGUGAGAAAGAUCCUGGAACUGGGCUACUUCUGCUACCCUUGUAUCAAGACGAAUCCCAUGAAUUUCACACAGAUGGGCAAAUAGAGCUUGCGUUCAAAAACAAAACUGUCACUAUUGAUGCAGGAAAAUUUAAAGGCAAAGAGGUGACACUGUGGGAAGUGCUGCUCUCUGAAUACAUAUCAGAACGAAAAAGGGAGCAGCUCAUACAACAGUACAAAACAAGAACCAUGACAAUAGAGGAGAUCAUUGAAAUACUCACCGUUAUCAUUACUGAAGUAUCAUCCAAAGAAAAAAAGUUCAAAGGACUAAGAAAGCAGGUCUCAGCUAGUGAGCUGUAUGAGUCAAAGAUUAUCUCAAAGGAGCUUUUUACACAAAUUAUACAAGGUGAAGUAACUGAGGAGAAUGUUAACAAAAUGGAAUCGAUUCAGAAGUACCUUGGGGCCACAAAUUGUGUAGCAGGCGUCAGAGUUGAAUCUACAAAGAAAGUUAUGAGCAUCUACGAAGCCAAGACCAAAAGUCUGCUGACCCCUGGCACAUCUCUCGUGCUGCUAGAGGCUCAGGCUGCCACUGGCUUUGUCAUUGACCCCGUGAACAACAAGAAAUUGUCUGUGGAGGAAGCUGUAGCUCAAAGAGUGGUUGGCAGCGAGUGGAAAAACAAACUGCUUUCAGCAGAACGGGCAGUUACAGGAUACAAAGAUCCCUACACUGGAAACACAAUUUCUUUGUUCCAGGCCUUGCAAAAAGAUCUUAUCGUCAAAGAUCAUGGAAUUCGUCUCCUGGAAGCGCAAAUUGCCACAGGAGGCAUAAUUGACCCAGUGCACAGUCACAGAGUACCUGUACAGGUGGCAUACCAAAGAGGUUACUUUGAUAAAGAAAUGAAUGAAAUUCUGUCUGACCCUGAUGAUGACACCAAGGGCUUCUUUGAUCCAAACACUCAAGAAAACCUCACCUAUCUUCAGCUGGUUGAAAGGUGUGUCACAGACCCAAAUACAGGCCUAAACUUACUGUCUAUUGUAAAGAAAGGUGAGUUUUAUUUCUUUGUUGAUGAGAAAACAAAACUCAUUCUGAAAUCUACAACAACAACCAAGGCAGGAGGGAAAUACCAAGGGACAACAGUGUCUCUGUGGGAUCUCCUCUACUCCAAAUACAUCACUGAAGAAAAGAGAAGAGAGCUAGUGCAACAGUACAAGUCCGGAUCAAUCACCAUUGAACGCUUCUUGAACAUCACCACUACAGUCACGGAGACAACUGAAGUUGAAAAAUUUCAUGGAAUCAGAAAGGAUGUCACUGCUACUGAGUUGCUUGAAUCAGAAAUCAUCAAUGAGGACCUUUACAAAGAUCUUACUGCUGGAAAAGUCACAGUGACAGAAGUAAGUGAAAUGGACUCAGUGCGCAAAUACCUCGAGACCAAUUGCAUUGCAGGAGUGUACCUGCAGUCCACCAAAGAGACCUUAAGCAUCUAUGAAGCCAAAAGCAAAGGCUUGCACCCUGGUACUUCUCUGGUUUUGCUGGAGGCUCAGGCUGCCACUGGCUUUGUCAUUGACCUGAACAACAAGAAAUUGUCUGUGGAGGAAGCUGUAGCUCAAAGAGUGGUUGGCAGUGAGUGGAAAAACAAACUGCUUUCAGCAGAAAGAGCAGUUACAGGAUACAAAGAUCCCUACACUGGAAACACAAUUUCUUUGUUCCAGGCCUUGCAAAAAGAUCUUAUCGUCAAAGAUCAUGGAAUUCGUCUCCUGGAAGCGCAAAUUGCCACAGGAGGCAUAAUUGACCCAGUGCACAGUCACAGAGUACCUGUACAGGUGGCAUACCAAAGAGGUUACUUUGAUAAAGAAAUGAAUGAAAUUCUGUCUGACCCUGAUGAUGACACCAAGGGCUUCUUUGAUCCAAACACUCAAGAAAAUCUCACCUAUCUUCAGCUGGUUGAAAGGUGUAUCACAGAUCCCAUCACAGGCCUUAGCUUACUGGUAAUUGUAAAGAAAGGCGAGUUUUAUUUUUUUGUUGAUGAGAAAACAAAACUCAUUCUGAAAUCUACAACAACAGCCAAGGCAGGAGGGAAAUACCAAGGGACAACAGUGUCUCUGUGGGAUCUCCUCUACUCCAAAUACAUCACUGAAGAAAAGAGAAGAGAGCUAGUGCAACAGUACAAGUCUGGAUCAAUCACCAUUGAACGCUUCUUGGAAAUCAUCCUGACAAUCAUUGAGCUGCAGACCAUCACAACCUCACCACCAUCAAUGGUCAUGUGCCAACCACCAGAAAGAAAAGUGGACAGCAGCACAACAAAAUCUACCAUCACCACUACAGUCACGGAGACAACUGAAGUUGAAAAAUUCCAUGGAAUCAGAAAGGAUGUCACUGCUACUGAAUUGCUUGAAUCAGAAAUCAUCAAUGAGGACCUUUACAAAGAUCUUACUGCUGGAAAAGUCACAGUGACAGAAGUAAGUGAAAUGGACUCAGUGCGCAAAUACCUCGAGGGGACCAAUUGCAUUGCAGGAGUGUACCUGCAGUCCACCAAAGAGACCUUAAGCAUCUAUGAAGCCAAAAGCAAAGGCUUGCUGACCCCUGGUACUUCUCUGGUUUUGCUGGAGGCUCAAGCUGCCACUGGCUUUGUCAUUGACCCUGUGAACAACAAGAAAUUGUCUGUAGAGGAAGCUGUAGCUCAAAGAGUGGUUGGCAGUGAGUGGAAAAACAAACUGCUUUCAGCAGAAAGAGGAGUUACAGGAUACAAAGAUCCCUACACUGGAAACACAAUUUCUUUAUUCCAGGCCUUGCAAAAAGAUCUUAUCGUCAAAGAUCAUGGAAUUCGUCUCCUGGAAGCGCAAAUUGCCACAGGAGGCAUAAUUGACCCAGUGCACAGCCAUCGAGUGCCUGUACAGGUGGCAUAUGAGAGAGGUUACUUUAAUGAAGAAAUGAAUCAGAUUCUGUCUGACCCUGAUGAUGACACCAAGGGCUUCUUUGAUCCAAACACUCAAGAAAAUCUCACCUAUCUUCAGCUGGUCGAAAGGUGCAUCACAGAUCCCAAGACAGGCCUCACUUUACUCCCUUUGCACAAGUGAAGGAAAGAAAACAUCUCUACUAGCAUUUACUCUGAUGUUUAGCUUGCAUUAUGUUUUAAAAACCUUUAGAUGAGUCAAAAUUGUAAUUCAUUUCAUUUUCUCUGUUAGGAAGAACAUAUUUUUACUGCAUGUUCCUUUUAAGUGAAUUUUAGGUUGUCCUCUUAAGAGGAUACAUGCAUAUUGUACAGUGUUACUGUUAGUUAUUCAAGGUUGAAGAAGAGUGAUUGAAAAAUUGUCAUUUGAAGAUUUUAAUAAUCACAUAAAACUUCUACACAUAGUAACUUAGUUAAAGCUGUGUUAGAUGUGCCAAAUGCCUGCUGUGAAAAAAACCCACUGGACUUUAAGAAUUAACACAUAAAAAGUACAGCAUGUAUUUGUUCUUGUUUUUAGUCUCUUUGUAAUAACCAAAUUAUGACGUCCUUUAACUACAUAUAUGGCAGAAACUGCAGUGUCAAACACUUCAGAUUCAUGUACUUAUUUUCCUGUUUUAAUGUUGUUUUUCAUGGUAUUUGUGGGGUCUACGGAGUUGAUAGUUUUAACAUGGAUUUAACAGUAUAGGGUUCUGCUGAACAUAGUUUUUACCACUUAUGUAGAAACUCAACUUAAGCUGUGUUUUUUAGCAAUUAGGCAAAAGCUUUUCCUUCUGCAAUCUUUUUUGUUUGCUAACUGUGCUGUGACUUGACCUCACCUGGAAGCCAGCCAUGCACUUUUUUUGUAUAACCUUUCUUGCUUGAAUAGUUUAAUUGGUGCUGCACAAUAAACAACUAAGAUUUAA